AUGACACGACCGUUCCGCCUUGGCCUGUUGGUCACGGGUUUCAUCGUCUUUGUUACGAUUAUGUACAUGUCGUUUGGCAGCACGUCCACGCCCGCAUUCAAGCCAGCAACGGCAACGGAGCCGUUCGGCGGCAGCAUUGGCAGCCUGGGCCUCUCGGAAACACUGCUAACCGGCGGAUCCAUCGCACCCAAGCUCGAGAAUGCGACAGCCAAAGCCGAGCUUGGUCGCGCCUCCUGGAAGCUGUUGCAUACCAUGAUGGCACGUUUCCCUGACACGCCGACCCCCGACGACAGCCUCGCGCUCCAGACCUACAUCCAGCUCUUUGCCCGCCUCUAUCCCUGCGGCGACUGCGCCUCUCAUUUCCAGACGCUGCUCCAAGAAUACCCGCCGCAGGUGUCCUCGCGCAACGCUGCGGCGGGCUGGGCCUGCUUCGUGCACAAUGAGGUCAACACGCGGCUCAAGAAGGAGCUGUUCGACUGCAGCAAGAUUGGUGAUUUUUACGACUGCGGCUGCGGUGAGGAUGGCAAAGACGGCGGGAAGGGCGGCCACGGCAAGGUGCCAACGACACCUGAGAGCGGCGGCAACGUUGACGAGGAUGGCAAUGCUAUUGAGGCCGAGGCCGCGCCACCACCGCUGACGCUCGGUGGAGAGGCAUCAAUAGUGCUGGAGAAGGAAGAAGGGUGA